GGUUUGUCGUAGUGAGUUUGGUGCGAGUUCAGAUGGUUCCGAACAUUCCGAUAUCAAAUACAUAAACAAGCGGCAAAGAAAGAGGGUAGACAGAUAUGUUUGCCCGUAGAAAAUUAUGGAUCUACCUACUCCACUCCAAUAUCAUCAGUCAUCCCGUGAUCAUGGCACUUGCAACAGUGUCGAAAUAUCGGGAGUCGCAUAUUUCCCUGAUUUAAACGCGGUAAGAACUCGUUAUUGUGUGUUUUAAUUAUGAUAAUAACCGCGUAAACUCAAAACAAUGUCAUUAAGGUAUACAAUACAAUACCCUUUUUUUGCACAUACUGAGGCAUCUACGUUCGUCAAAAACAACAUAGAAGGGGCUGUAAAUAUUUUCCUUCGUUUAAUCUUCUAAUUUAAUGGAUAACAGACAUAUGCAUCUUUUAUCUUUGUUUUUGGGUAUAAAUGAUUUUUUAUUACACCCAGCCAAAAUUACAUCUUCCACUCAUUAUUAUUCUGAUCAAAAUAAAGGUGCUCCCUUCUUCUUCUAUCAGUCUUAAUCAAACGUGAGCUCACAAAGUGAUUUUUUGGAUAUGUGUACCGUGAUUCGAACCCGAGACCUCCGGAUCGUGAGCCCAGCUUUCAACCACUUGAACAGCGAGGCCGUGCUACUAAGGAGAAAGAGCGCGCUAACUGUCUGUACGAUCGCGAAGCUCCGCCGGCCAUAUACCGUGGGGUCAGACAAGAUGGAGGUGUGGGUGACGGGGAAGCUGGCGAGCGUGGUGCGCCAGGAGGUGACCUUCCUGAAGCCAGUGCUGAGCGUCAACGACGCUGGUGACAAGCCGCUCUACAGGGUCAAGGGGCCUGUGGACACUGCCAACGACACGGACUUUGAGGUGUUCAGCCUGUCAAAGAAGAAGGUAGGUGCCAUCAAGAGGAAGUGGGGCCGGUCUCGUGAGGCUCCGGCCGACACUGACAGCUUCCACAUACACUUCCCGAAGGACUUGGACGUGCGUUACAAGGCCGCGCUGGUGGGUGUCUGCUUCCUCAUUGACUUCCUGUUCUACGGGUCCUGAAGCGACUUUCAUUUUUGUCUAAUCUCUAGUCGAGUUUGUAAUUGGCUUGUUUUGUAGUCAAGAUACAAUUAAUCGUUUAUUUUUAUUUGACUGCCUGUUUUUUUAAAUUAUUUUAUUGAUUUCUAAAUAAAUUACAUAGCUCUAUUUUACGUAGUAUAUUAGUUACCUACUCCAU